AUGGUCGACCCUCACGACAUAACCCCAUCCAGUGAAUCACCACCGCACCCACCGGACCCAUGGAAACUAAACAAGUCAACCCUGUCAUUAUCAGAAAUGACCUUCAAGGCUGCACUACUGAACAAAACUGACUCCUUAAAUGGAGAUUACUUGAUGAGGUACAACGGGAAAUCACCUCUAGUGCCAACAAAAACUGGAGACACAGUGAUAUUGAGUGCAGAAGACAAGGAGAGAAUCUACGCUCCAUGGCGAUUCUUCAUCAUCGUGAAAUUAUUCAAAAAAAGACUUGUCCAUAGCUAUUUGAGGACAAAAUUGGUGGAACUUUGGAAACCAACAGAGCCAUUAACCUUGAUAGAUCUGGGCAACGACUUCUACAUUGCUAAAUUUACUAACUCGGAGAACAUGCAGAAAGCCCUCCAUGGGGGCCCGUGGUUCGUCAUAGGAAGUUUCCUCUUAGUCAGACAUUGGGAGCCAAACUUCAUCCCAGAGGAAGCUACCCAAUCACAUACGGCAAUUUGGAUCAGACUGCUCCGUCUCCCAACUGAGUUCUAUGAUAUAUAA